AUGAGGAGAGAUGAAACGGAGCCGUACAUUACGGUUCCUACCUUCUUCAAGUGUCCAAUAUCUCUCGACGUGAUGAAAUCUCCCGUUAGUCUCUGCACCGGCGUUACUUACGACCGUGCAAGCAUCCAGAGAUGGCUCGACGGAGGCAACAACACGUGUCCCGCCACUAUGCAGAUUCUCCGAACCAAGGAGUUCAUUCCCAACCUCACUCUUCAACGACUAAUCAAAUCCUGGUCAGAUUCAAUCGGCCGUUACUCCACCGCUUCUCCCGUGACUUCUCUAACGAUCCCCACGGUUGAAGAAGUGAACAAGUCGUUGAUGAAACUAACUCUCGAGAAGGACGACGAGACUCGUCUCGAGAAUCUCUCGAGAAUCGUUAAGGAUUCCGACGCGAACAGAGAGUUUCUCUCGGCGAGAAAGGAUCUAAUAACAAUGCUCGUCGAUAUCAUCUCCACGAGGAAGAAGAUGAAGCUAGUUUUUCUAGCGGUUAGGAUUUUGUAUAAUGUAACCAAGAGAGGGAGUGAUGGAGAUCUAAAACGGUUAUCGAAUCUAAUCUUAUCCAACGGUGGAGAUCAUUGCUUGACGGUUAUUCUCCUCGCGGUCCAGCGCGGGAAUCUCGAAUCGAAAAUCGAAUCCGUUAGGGUUUUAGAGAUUAUCGCCUCCUCCUUAGACACGCAAUCUAAGGUGUUAAUCGCAGAGCGCGACGAGAUUCUAACGGAGAUGAUCAAAUCAAUAAGUAAAGAGUCGGAUCCUUCUUUAAUCGAAGCGAGUCUAUCGUUCCUAAUCACGAUCGCGAAACCUAAACGAGUGAGAUCGAAACUAAUCGCCGCGAAAACGAUCGCGAAGAUCGGAGAGAUUCUCGUAACGGAGGAGAUGACGAGCGUCGCGGUGAGCGAGAAAGCGCUGAAACUGUUGGAGACUCUCUCGUCGAAGCGGGAAGGUAGAUCGGAGAUUUGCGGCGGUAGGUGCGUGGAAGGAGUGGUGAGGAAGCUGUUGAAGGUUUCGAUGACGGCGACGGAGCACGCCGUUACGAUUUUGUGGUGUCUUUGUUGUGUUUUUAGGGAGGAUGAGAGGGUUGUGGAGACGGUGGAGACGGUGGAGAGGAGUAACGGCGUGAGUAAGCUUUUGGUUGUGAUUCAGAGUAACUGCUCGCCGUUGGUGAGGCAAAUGGCGAAAGAUGUGAUUAAGGUUUUGAAGGUUAAGUCGUCUGCUUCCGGUUUGGUUGCUUACGAGACCAGGACUACUCAUAUUAUGCCAUUUUGAUUUUUACUGUUAUAAGAAAAAAUAUAUAAAAAUGUUAUCAAACUAUU